CACACCUACUAUUACAUUCAUUUACGAUAACCUUUUCCCUUGUUUCUACUUUCAACAUGCUAUUUGGUACUCUAGCCGUCAUCUCCUCUUUGCCAUUAUUGGCCUUCGGCGCACGCUUUAAACGUGCUACACCCGAAAGUUUUGGGUUGUAUGCAUAUGGUGACGGAUUGGGUGGAAUACCGCUUUUCUACUCUGGGGGAUUUGCCUACAUUGGCGAGCCUGGGAAACUAAACAGCACCGACGCUGCCGUGGUUCAAUUCAGUCUCGGAGACGACAACAGCUGGAUUGGGUCCCCUAAUGUGACUAUUCCUGCCGGAUCGAACGUAACUUGGUCAAAUGCUACAUUCUUCGUUCCUGCGGAUGGAGCAUCGGAUACACGAGUCGGAUUUGAAACAGGAACUACCAUCAGCGACAACGUUACUGCAACGGGCUUCGUCUUCUAUGGAAACAAUGCUAUGCGCACUCAAGACGGUCAGCUCGUAUCCCUAUGGUCUGCAUUGCAGGUCAGUGACCGGGUCCACGCAUUGUAUUGGAACGACACGUCGCAGGGACAGCAACCGGUCAUGUUGAGGAGUCUUCCUCCUUCAAACCCUGACAACUAGGCAUGGGAAUUGCACAUAGCUGGUAGGAGUCCUGAUGAGAUCGUUCCUUCCAAGGCGCAAGCUU